AUGACAGAUAGAUUCAUUUACAGCCCCCCAACACCUAGUACACCUUCAUAUAAAGAAACAGAAUAUAAUAAUGAACUCACCACCAGUUUAAAAGAUUCAAAUGAUGUCUACAGAAAUUCCAAUCGAAUUUUAAAAGAAACCAUUGAACAAUACCAACGACAACUUACAGCCGCAAGUAAAGAUUAUAAAAUAAUUGACCUAGAACUAAAAACUGAAAGAAAAAAAAAUAAUCAAUUAAAAAGUGAUUUACAACUAAUGAGAGACCAAUUGAGGAAUUACGAAGCAGAUAUAAAAUCAUUAAGGGGGCAAAAUACUUUUUUUUCAGAUAAAAUUGAAGAACUUCAGUGUUACGUCGAACAAUUACUCUCAAUUACUACUAGCGAGGAUAAAAAGUAUUGA